AUGCCAUGGCCCAAGCUGUGGUCUUCUUCGACAAAGGAUGAAUCCGGACCCCAGAAGCCUCUCGCUGAGAAGGCCACAGAUUCGUGGGAUUCGAAACCUGCUGUGCACGAUCAGCAACAACCUGCUACAUCCGUCCCUCCACAAUUGAGAGCCUUCACUCAACCCGAAACUAUCCUGGCCGCGGCUAUACUGACGACAGUUUCUGUCGGCACGUACAAACUCUACAAGUCCUAUCUGCGCAGGAUCCCACAGGCGAUUAACAUCAAUCCGGGGUUCUUUCGGCGGAGAAGCAUCGUAGGUCAAGUUACGAGCGUGGGAGAUGGAGACAACUUCCGCAUGUAUCAUACGCCGGGGGGCAGAUUGGCUGGCUGGGGUUGGUUCCCGGGACGAAGAGUGCCAGUGAACAAAAAGGAUCUGAAGGACCAGACGGUACAUUGGUGGAUCGACGCCCCCGAACUUGCUCAUUUUGGACGGCCUGCACAACCUUACGCGCAAGAAGCGCUUGACUGGCUCACUGCCUACAUCAUGGGUAGGCGUGUUCGAACCUAUGUCUACAAAGCAGACCAGUACAGCAGAGUGGUGGGCACCGUCUACGUCUGGAAGGGCCUCGUGCGUCGCGACGUCAGCCUUCAAAUGCUUCGGGCAGGGCUUGCUACGAUCUACGAAGCGAAGUCGGGUGUUGAGUUUGGUAGGGCCAAAGAGGAGAGGUACAGACGCGCGGAAUGGUGGGCGAAGACCAGGAGAAAGGGCAUGUGGGCGGCAAACAGGAAAGACUAUGAGAGUCCGCGAGAGUACAAGACCCGACAUGGGGUUGGAAGUCCCCAGGAUGGAACGAAGCAAUGA